AUGGAGCUAUCCCUGGCCUCUGCCUUCAAUGACCUGAAUGUUUUGGCAAUCUCCUCCUCCUUGCAAUCCAGCCUGCGAAUGGCACUUCCUUCCUUAUUUCAAGAGCAGUUUUGCUGCCUCUGUGACAGAGAGAACGGUUCACUUUGCUGCAGCUGCAUUACCUUGUAUGACACCCCUCAGCAUCUUGAACUGUGCAAGUUUGGAUUUGAAAGCAUGAUGUCAAGGCUGGUCUUUCUACUUUUCUGUGGAAAUAUUGCACUACUUCUUGGAAAUGCUCAGAAAUUGCCAAGAGUCAAGCGACAAAGCCUGAAGGUUCAGAUCAAUGUGACUAGUGAUGGAGUGUGCAUGAGAUAUAUUCGACCGAGCACAAGCACCAAACUGGAAGGCUUCAUCUUGGGGUACGGCAGCAGCUUCUUCUCUAACCAGUAUAUUUCUCUACCAGCAGAUGGAAAAUCUUACAUGACUGAAGUUGAUGCAGAGCCAAGAUACUUGAUUUCUGUGAGGCCAAUUCCUGUUGCAAAUUACAAGAAAUCUUGUUCAGGCAAAACACAUACACCCAAACCACUCCAGUUGGUAAUAGGAACUUUAACUCCAACUUCUGUCUUCUUAUCCUGGGGAAUCUUAGUCAACCCAAAACAUGACUGGACCACAAUGAAUAACUGUGCAAAUGACAGAUUUUAUACAGUUCGCUAUAGAGAAAAAGACAAGAACAAGAAGUGGGCUCUUCAGCUUUGUCCAACUACAGAAACAGUGGUGGACAACCUGAAACCUAAUGCAGUCUACGAAUUUGGAGUGAAGGACAACACGGAUAAUGGAAUCUGGAGCAAGAUUUUCAAUCACAAGGUGGUUAUGCCUAGUAAAAACAAAGAAAAUGGACAACCCCAGAACAAUUAUAUAUUACACAAUAUCCAAACGCAGUUUAUACCAGGAAAUUCCAAAGUACUACAUCCAGUUACAAUAAUAAAACAAGUUCUUCAAAAUGUAACACAGCGGACAAAGCCUAAAAUCCCAGAGAAGUCUCCUUUAGCAGGACCAAUACUAGUGCACCUAAUUGUUCCAGAUUUCAAUGGAACGCAACAGAAGCUGCUAUCACCUUUCACACUGGAUGUACCUGAAAAACCAAAAAAGACACCUGCGAAGAAUGAAACUCAAGAAUGGCCUGCAGAAUCCAAAACACCAGAAGUACAAGAAAUCUCUCCACAAUCUCAACCUGCUAUGGCUGAACUGGAUUGGGAAAGUAGCAAACCAACAACUCCAAGUGUCUUAAAAGAAUUGGAGAGUCCAUCAGCACGCACUAACAGUGAACUGGAAGCUUCAAAACAUAGUGUAACUCCAAUGGCUGAAUUGUCUCCUGACAUACUGGCUCCAUACAAGUUUCCAGAAUUUCCCAAAACAAAAACACCCCCUACCUCCCCAAUGUCCACUGAAACUUUAGCUUCACAUGAAAUAGAGUCAGUCUCUUCAGAAUCCCAAACACCUGUUCCAAAAGGCACACGGACAAAGCAAGUUUUCAGCAAAACACAACCUGCUCUUUCAAGGCCCAGAACAUCUGAUGAGACUGACAUACCAGACUCCAAACGAGCAGUAACAAAUGAACCCACACUGGAAUCUCUCACACCUAAAACAGCUAAGCCUCUUGACUGGCCAAAGUCAACAUUGGCACCACCUGAAACAGCAUUCAUUCCUUCUAAACAGAAACCUUCUGACACCCCAGAAGGAAAGCAGGUGAAACCUGCCCCUAAUCUACCACCUUUGAAGCACAGUACUCCUAAAACUUCUAAGAUUCUUGAAAAAACUACAGCUACACCAGGAGCUCCAGUGGAAACAAAUGUCAUUCCUUCUAUACCUAAACCUUCUAUCAGACCUAAAAUGCCAGACAUUAAAUAUGCAGAAAAAGAACAUCAGUGGGAAACCACUACACAUAAAACGUUUAAACCUGUUGAAUUUCCAAGAACAACAAAGGUUCCCAGUAAAACAAAAAUUCCUGUUUCCAUGUCCCAAAUCCUUCCCCAUCUGGAACAGCCAAAGAUUGUACCGGCAGUUACCAGAACAUUGAUUCCAGUUCCUGCCACAACUAUGGUUUCUGGUGCUUUUGAGCUUCCAGUGACAACAAUUGCUUCUUAUGAAUUGAGUGCUAUUCCUUCUAAGACCAAAGAACCUGACUAUACCAUGCCAGAAGUACAAGAUAGCAAACCUGAUUCAGCUGAAGCAGAUAAUUUUUCUUUUAAAGUACCUACGACAACAGAACUCCCAUUUAUUGAUUCUGUCAUGGAACCUGUUACGUUUAGCAAUGAACUUCCAAUAGUAGCUCCCAAAGUUAAGGAACAUGUCUACAGUCCCAAAACAACAAUUACACCACAUCUGCCACAUACAAAGCCUGUUCUUGAACCUAUUGUCCUUGAAACUGAUCCACCAAAGACGGAAAUAGAAGAGAGACCUCCUGUGUCUACCAGACCUAAAACCUGGUUCAUCACUGAUGCACCACAAACUAAGCCCGACAUGGAACCAGUUACCUUUAGAAUUGAGCAGCCAAAAUCAACUCUAGGUAAAAACAUUUUAAUCAUGGAUGCUCCUAAAGAAACAAGUCGAGUUCCUGCCAGGUUAAAAACGUCUCCUAGCCCUAGUAUAAUGCGAACCAAACCUAGUCCAAAAGGCAACCGGCGUGUUUCAUCCAAGCCUAAAGUGCCUCCAACAAAAUCCAGUCUCAAAGUACCUCCAACAAAAUCAGAAAUUACUUCAUUUUCUCCAGACCCUAUAACUAUCAUGGUACCUCAUGUUCCUGAAAAGGCAAAAGCAACACUGGCUUCAACAGUGGAACAGUUCAUUCCUAAUAAAUCAAAACCAUCCACCAAGCCAAGAAUGGUAGAGACAAAACCUGCAGUACAUCGAACAACCUCUCAGCCAUUUGUACUCAAACCUACUGUAUCUUCCGAACAAAUAAAGACAAUUAUGGCUCCAAAAGAAACAUGGUUUAUUUCUUCUAAACCCAAAACAUCUGGCAAACUAGAUGGUCCUCCAAGUAAACCUGUUCCAGAUGCAAUAUACCCAACAUUUCCAGGAUCAAUUAACCUUCACAUUCAUGUUUUCAAUGGUCCCAAAGAUGGUUUGGCUUCAACCAAGCCCCAUAGUGGUGUAACAACUGAAAGUCCGCAUUUGAAAACUGCCAUACAUAAAGUGCACGAUACUACAGCUAAACCUAAGACUACUGAUAAGACACGUUCCAGGCUUGUUGUAAAUAAAACAACACCAGUCCCAGGUAGAACACGAACACCUGGAGGAGUAGCAUGGAAUAAACUAUCAAGAGGUGAUAAACUAACUGACCAAGAUGCUACCAAGCUUCUCAGCACAAGUUCUAGUAUACGCUCCAACUCAUCCAUUCAUUCCUCGGUAUCAAGAAAAAAGCCAGACCCUGUAGCUACACCACCCGACCUUCCACGACCUCCCUUAGCUCCCGCCAAACCUACACCAGUACGAAGAAAACCAUUGCCGCCAAACACCGUGACUGGUAAACCUGGGCGCUCAGGAAAUAUCUUGAUGCCACGAGCGCCUCCACCUUCCACACCAACUUCCUUGAUUAAGCCUGCUGGGCCAACGGGUCAUACAAAAACAAGCUCUCAUAAAAAGCCACCUACAGCAGCUUCUUCUCCAGAUUAUAGUAAUCCAAUGUUCAGCUCACUUCCUACAACAGAGACUGAUGUUGCAGGCACACCAAGGUAUACAGGUGACCAUGUGAAGUACAUGAAAAAAGAAGAAGAUGUACCAUGUUCCAUUACUGAUACACUCCAACACUUUCCAACAGAGGAUGGCGAGAAUAUAGACACAGCCACUACUCCUCCACGAAAGCCUCCAACUAACCUCACUGUGGUGACUGUUGAGGGUUGCCCAUCUUUUGUCAUACUGGAUUGGGAAAAGCCACAGAAUGAAACUGUUACAGAAUAUAAAGUUGUGUCAACUGAAAAUGGGAGCUCUGAUGUAAGAGACACAUCCAUUAUAACGACAAAUCAAACCCAUUCUACAGUGGAAAACCUGAAACCUAACACAAGUUAUGCAUUUCAGGUGAUACCAAGCAAUCCCCUUGGUGAAGGUCCAAGUAGUGAAUCAAUGCCAUUUAAAACUGAAUCAGCGGACCCAAGAGUAACUGAGCCAAUUUCAAUGGGGAAAGAUGCCAUUUGGACGGAAAUCAAAUUUAAUUCUGAUACCUAUUCUGAAUGCAAAGGGAAACAGUAUGUCAAAAGAACCUGGUACAAGAAAUUUGUUGGUGUACAACUAUGCAAUUCACUCCGAUACAAAAUUUAUCUCAGCGAUACACUUACAGGUACAUUUUAUAAUAUAGGAGACCAGAGAGGACAUGGAGAAGAUCAUUGUCAGUUUGUGGAUUCAUAUUUAGAUGGAAGAACUGGGCAACAGAUUCCAUCAGAUCAACUAUCUACCAAAGAUGGAUUUUUUAGAGCCGUUCGACAGGAACCAGUCCACUUUGGAAGAAUAGGAGCUGAGACACAUACUAAUUAUGUUCAUUGGUAUGAGUGUGGAACUACAAUACCUGGGAAAUGGUAGUGAGGAAACAGAUGAACUGUACAGCAAAAGAUUGGAUACAGCUAUGAUUGUCCCAGAGAAAAUCAGAAAUGGAAAUGUGUCAUGGUAUUAUCUUUGUCAAGCUAAAGUCUAAUGACAAUAACUGUUUCAACUGUACUGUUGGCUGAUUUAAAGUUGUCCAGAUUUACAGAUCUUUUGUGGGAAGAGUUAGAAGAUGUUAUAAAAGGAUGUCUUGGGAAGCUGGCUCCCUAUUGGUUUUUUAUGGUACCAUCAACAUAUUUUAAAAGAUGUAGUUUAUUAUUUAUCAGUGUUGCAACAUUUUGAGGCACCUUUAUUGAAAAGUUGGUAAGGAACAAGUAUGUAUUCUGAGCUUUACUGGAGUUCAUGUUCUUGUUCAUCUUUCAAACACAUUUAAAUUAUUCAGUCAGGUUAAGUCCUGAAUUAUGUUUAUGCUACUUCAUAUGUACAUUUCUGAAAAUAUACAGUUCUACAGCUGAUGGUGCUAUAUGUAGGUUUGUACUCAGAUAGUCUGUAAAACUAUGCCAGUGAACCACACAACUGACACCAUACUUGCAACCAUUCUACCAUGUAGAUGUGUGGUGAAAUACUCGUCAUCCGUAUUAACUCAGCAUGUUAAUUAGGACAUCAUAAAUGAGGAAACAAUAAUGUCUCAUUAAGAAUAGCUCUUUAGUACAAAAGUCCUGCAUGACUGGAGUUAACUGUUAAAGGGCUUGUACAGAUAUUUUCUUGUGGCAUUUACUUUUGCUAUAAAUGGAAGCUAUACAUCAUUGUAGAUGCUCUCUACAGAAAUUUAAUUUUUGCUUUGGUACAAAGGUUAAGGGCAAUAAUUUGCUGCAGCAAACGAAACAGAUCAUUACAUGUAUAACCUUAAAACAAUCCUGUAAACAACACAAAACCACUUGGCAAAAUUCUGGAUGUUCCAGCAAAGAUCACCAAGUAUAACGUAUACAUGUAUUAAUGUCUCUUAUGAAAGGCAUGUUUCACCUACAGCCUUUUCCUUUAAAAUAAACCUAUGUAGAGACUUGUUUAUUGUUUCCAAAGAAAAGUUCCUUCAAAAUAAGUGCAUGUCCACACAUAAUUAGCACACUAUAUCUAAGCAGCAGCCAAUGAUGUCACAUCAAUAAACGUUUGAUGUCAUGCCUAUGGCUAGUACAAGAAACAACUCAUUCAUUCCCAUCAAUAAAUAAGAUUGACACGUACCUUUGAAAAUGAUCAUGCAGCUUUGUCUAAGACAAGUGUUUGAUUAAUGCAGAAGAUAGUAAAAUAAUGUGUAGAAUGAAUUACGUCCAGAACAUACAAAGCGGCUACACAUUGGUUGUAUUUUUUUAAAUGAUACCUUUUUCUAUAUAUAAAAUGGAAGAGUAAUGUGAUCCGCUUUGUAGAAUGGCAAAAUGAAGACUGUUGUUGAAAAUGGAUAUCCUUCUCCCUCUACACCAAGUGCUAUAUUUGUAUUGCUUAAACAUGUAAACAUUAUAUAUAAAGAGAUGUAGGUUUUAAAGGUGUUUAUUCAAUGUAAGAAAAUAUAAAGAAGGAAUACAAGGAAUAUUUGGGUUGGUGGAUUGUAAAAAAAUCUUCUAAGUACAUUGCAGGUACACUGUACUCUUAAUAAAUUUUUUAAUCAUAA